AUGGCUCGUCAACGAAAGGAAAAGUCUGUUAAGGACAUUAAACUUCAGCAGCCAGAUCGAUCUGGUCCCACCAAGGAAACACUCGUCGAUUUCGCAAAGGGACGUGACCUCUUCGCAGAAGCUGAUCGAAGACAACGUGAGCUCAACGGCGAAGGUCCCCUCUUGUCCCCUCGAACAGAACGUAUCUUUGAGACAAUACUAUGGACUGGAGUAAUUGCCACCGUACAUUUUACAUUUGAUGUCCUAGUACAGCGACAAUAUGCGAUGGAAGUUGAUUGGUUCGCUAUUGUCCAAAGGACUUUUACAGCUUGGCUUUUGUUCAUCGGCCUCUUUUACGUCUUGCACCCGCAUUACUCCCAUAAGUCCUUCUUCCCGCUUGUUCCUCAACACUACCAAGAGACUGUCCGUCAAGCCAUAUUCUUUGUCGCGAGCACCCAGUCAUGA